AUGAUGCAGCAUCCAUCAAUCAAUACACUUCUCCUUUUGCUCCUCGUUGCAGCCAUUGCAUUCCCACAAAGUGAUGCUUUUUCAAUGCCACAAAGACAAUCAUCAUCGUCAUUAUCAUCGUUAAUGCAAUCAUGUGCAUCCGCACCGAGAUCCAUGGCAUUGCACAGCGAAUCAUCUUCCGCCGUUACCAGCAGUGAAACAACUUCCGAAGACAACGAGGAGGAAGCUGAUGAUGAUGACGACGACGAAUACGAAUACGUCGAAUAUGAUUUAUUGGAAGAAUCCGACUUUUCUGGCAGCGAAUGGCUGGUUGGUACUCUCAUGGACUCGUCACCCAAUCGAAUUGAUGAAACCUGGUGCCGGCUGGCCAUUGACAAGGACGGCAAACAGCUGGCCGUUUGGGGUGACAAUGCCGAGGGUACCUGGAAAUUUGACAAGGCCAGUCAAUUUUUGUCCGUCUCCAAAACCAAUAUCAUAGGCAAGAAGAUUUGGGCCGGUGUGAUAGAUGACUAUUAUUUUGCUCAAGGGACGGUCCGUGGAUGGUCCUUCUUUUCGGCCGCUGCGGUGGUGGGGCAAUGGCAAGCCAAGCGAUUGGGUGUGGAUCCAGAAGAGGCAGGAAACCCACCAUGGUUUGGCGAAGAUGAUGAAGAAGAAGAAGGAGCAAACUCAAAUGGUGAAGCAUUAGAAUAA